AUGCCUCUCGGAGACGCAGCUUGCUGACUCCCCUCCUUCCCCCCAGGACCGCCUCUGCUUGGCCCAUCAUGGGAGGAUGCUUCUCCAAGCCCAAGCCAGUUGAAGUGAAAAUCGAGGUAGUGUUGCCAGAGAAGGAGCGAGCCAAAGAAGAGAUGUCGCCCAACGGGAAGGCCAGCCCGAUCACCUACAAGGCCAACGGGACUUCGCGGCAUUACCAACUGGAGGAGCGCCCCCUGGCGAGCAACCCCUACCGGAACCUGAAGGACGUGGUCGAGGCCUCCGUGUGCUACGUGAAGGACCUCGACAACGGGCAGAUGCGAGAGGUAGAUCUGGGCUGUGGGAAGGCACUGCUGGUCAAAGAAAAUGGGGAAUUUUAUGCCAUGGGCCACAAGUGUCCUCACUACGGAGCACCGCUGGUGAAAGGGGUCUUGUCCAAAGGCCGUGUCCGCUGCCCCUGGCACGGAGCCUGCUUCAACAUUGCCACAGGGGACAUAGAAGACUUCCCGGGGCUGGACAGCCUGCCCAAAUUUCAGGUGAAAAUUGAGAAAGAGAAGGUGUACAUUCGAGCAAGCAAACAGGCGCUCCAGGCGCAACGGCGGACGAAGGUGAUGGCCAAGUGCAUCUCGCUGAGCAACCACAGCGUCAGCAGCACCAACGUCCUCAUCAUCGGGGCAGGCCCUGCUGGGUUGGUGUGUGCAGAAACACUGCGCCAAGAAGGCUUCUCGGACCGGAUCGUGAUGUGUACGAUGGACCGGCACCUGCCCUACGACCGGCCCAAGCUAAGCAAGUCAAUGGAUUCUCAUGCAGACCAGAUCGCUCUGCGCCCCAAAGAAUUCUUCCGCACCCACGACAUUGAGGUCCUGACGGAGAUGCAGGUUGUCGCCGUGGAUGUCAAGAACAAGACGGCCGUCUUCAAAGAUGGGUUCAGGAUGGAGUAUAACAAACUGCUGCUUGCAACCGGAAGCACGCCCAAAACCCUUAGCUGUAAGGGUAAAGAGGUGGAGAAUGUUUUUACUAUCCGGACUCUGGAAGACUCCAACCGAGUGGUAAAAUUGGCCACCGGCAAGAAUGUGGUCAUUGUGGGAGCCUCGUUUCUAGGGAUGGAGGUGGCAGCUUAUCUUUCGGAGAAGGCCCACUCGGUCUCUGUGGUGGAAGUCGAAGAAGUGCCCUUCAGGAAGAUCUUUGGGGAGAAGGUCGGCCGUGCCAUCAUGAAGAUGUUUGAGAACAACCGGGUGAAGUUCUACAUGCAGACCGAAGUAUCGGAACUACGGGAUCAGGAGGGCAAGCUCAAGGAGGUUGUGCUGAAGAGCGGGAAGGUGCUCCGGGCCGACGUCUGCGUCAUCGGCACAGGUGUGACGCCAGCAACGGCGUUUCUGAAGCAGAGUGGCAUCCAUGUGGGCUCCAAAGGGUUCGUGGCUGUGAACAAGAUGAUGCAGACCAGCCUCCCGGGCGUGUUUGCGGCUGGGGACGCCGUGGUCUUCCCGCUGGCCUUGAGGAAUGGCAAGAAGGUGAACUUCCCCCACUGGCAGAUGGCUCACAUGCACGGGCGCAUCGCAGCACUCAACAUGCUGGCACACGGGACGGAAAUCAACACGGUUCCUUACCUGUGGACGGCCAUGUUUGGCAGGAGCAUCCGCUAUGCGGGUCACGGGGAGGGAUUUGAUGACGUGAUCAUUCGGGGGGACUUGGAUGAGCUGAAGUUUGUGGCUUUCUACACCAAGAGUGACGAGGUCGUGGCUGUGGCGAGCAUGAACUACGACCCGCUCGUCUCCAAGGUCGCCGACGUCAUGGGAGCCGGCCGGACGAUCCGCAAACGCGAUGUGGAGCUCUUCAUCCGCUAUGGCAAAACUGGGGACAUGUCCUGGCUCACCGGAAAAGGCUCGUAG